AACCAGUUGAUGGAGGCCAUGUUUCAUGAUGUUUCUCUGAAUGUUGGACAGUUUGAGUUAAACUUCCAGGCCGUUUGGCAACAACAGUCUGGCUCUAUAAAUACCCGCUUGGAUGGAAAAGGGAAGUGAGGAAAUUUAGUCAUCUGUUCCGUCUCUCUCUGUCCGUCUGCAGGAGACACAGCAACAUGCUGCUGUUCACCUCCGUCUGGCUCCUUUCAGUGACGCUACGUGUGUCAGCGGUUGCCACGGAGACCGUGGUGGGCGUGGCCGGACAGGUGGUGAAGCUCCCGUGUCGGUUGGACGAGGCGAAGCAGAGCGGAGUGGAGGUGUGCUGGGGAAGGGGGAAGCCAUCACUGUUUACCUGCCACAACACCCUGAUCAACGGCGCCGGGGGUCAGGUGACCUACCGACAGUCACACAGGUUCUCGGUGUCCUUCUCCACCUCCGCUCUGUCCAUCUCUGGGUCUCGGCUCUCAGAUGCUGGUUUCUAUCACUGCAGAGUUCAUCUGCCCGGACCCUUCAACGACCCAACGUCCACCGUCCACCUCAUCAUCAUCCAGCCUCGCUCUGUGAUCGCCGAACAUCUGGGCCGUGAAGAUGUGGAGAAGUUCAACACACCAGACACCAUAACAAGUUUCAUCACAAAUCAGAGAGGAAGUGAUGUCACAGUAGGUGCAGGAACAGAGCCAAUGGUAGCUCAGGUUCAGUCUCCUGACCAGGAGGAGUCGGUGAACUCUCUACAGACCUUUAUUGGAAGCACUCUGAGACUGGCAUUUAUCCUCUUCAUCCCUGCUGUGCUGCUUGCUGCUGGUUACAGAGUUUGGAGAUCUAACCAGGAAGUAGAGACUGAAGGAAGGUUGGACCAAUCAGAGGAGGAGGAGACCAGCUCUGUGUGAAGAUGAAGAACAAUCAGCAGAUUACUGUGAUCCCCGACCUUCUCCAAUGUUCCUCUUUUGGGACUUAAAACAUCAAAGUGGCAUAAAACCGAAAAGUCUUCAUCUAUUGUUUUCUCUGUCAGAACUGAAGCAUGAAAUGUUCAUCUUAACAACAGAAAGAUGUUGAAGAUUGCCUAUUUUCUUACCCUCAUUGUGUUUAUUUUAUACAUACAAAUUAGAUUUUGGGUUUGAUCAGCUGUUCUUUAGAUCAGUUUUCUUCUGCUGAUGUAUUUCUAUCUUCAUUCUAAAUUCUUACAGCAACUCAAGAAGUUCAGCCUUCUACAGAAGCUGCUAAUCAUGUUUUCCAUCUCUAUUAUUCAGUCUGUCAUGUAGUCAUCAAUCACUGUGUGGCUUGGCUAGGACAGAGGUCAAGGCCAUUUUCUUCCCCCAGUACUCAAUUGUUCUGCUAGGAAACAAAAGUUAAGUCCUGUAACAUCAAACCUUUUUUCUUUUUUGCUUAAAAAAUGAUGGCAAAUAUGUACAUAUUAUUCUUCUGUCCUUAUUUUAUUUCCUCUAAAGACUAUACAUUUAAAUACUUUGUCUGCAUACUGAGUGUUUGAGACCUAAAUCGGUUUCCUCAUUUUCGCACUCAAUCUUGGCCAGUAAAGUUGUUCUGAGUAUAAAUAAAUGUGGCAAAUCAUGAACUGUAUUUUCUAUCAUCCAAAGUUAAUAUCGUAAUUGAAGUUUAGCCAUUCUAAGUGAUUUGGAUGUGGAGGUGAGCCGGUUAGCAGGUUUCAAGGCUAACCCUGAAGUGGUUACAUACAGAAAAAUAACCCUUUAGCCAAGAGUCCUUAGUUGAGAUAGUUUGGACCAUGAGGUCUAAAUAGUCACUCAGGAACAAAAACAAAUUGGAACAGGAUUGAAAUAUCUGAGAAAUAUAUUUCUUUGUUUCUAUUAUCAGAAAACUAAAAACAAUGUUAUUAGCUAAAACGAAUAGUAGUAAGCUAACAGCUGAUCACGUGAUCUAAUCAGUCACAGGUGGGCCGUCGCCAUAUUUAAGAGACUGUAGCACAUGCUGGAGAUGUACUGAGGGGUUUUUUGGUUGGAAAAAUGUUGUCGUUCAUGUGGAGAAAAUUUUUCUGAAAUGUUAGGAUUGAACCUGAUCCCUAAUGUUCACGGUGAUGAUGCUGUGUUUGUGUCCAGCUCCGACCACCUGGGCCCCAUCAGAACCUCAGACGUCCUCAGAGAUCCGCUGCUGCUCAGACUGCGGGUAGAAACUCAGCUGGUCUAACGACCUUCAUCCUGCUGUUCUGUCACAUGAUCAUCUCUCUCACACAAUCCAGCAGCCUGCUGUUUCUGGCCAUCCAAGUAGCAUUCACACCCUCCUAUUCAUCGCCCAACAAGCUAUUCUGAAAUCAUCCUCUUUCACUUCCUGAUCCAGCUGAUCAGCUGACCACACCGAACCUCCUGACUUCCUGUUCUAACAGCAGCAGCUCCACAGAGGAGAAGGAGUUAAGGAGGGACUCUGCAGGAAAAAAAACACAUGGAAAGAAAUUAAAUCCAAGAUGAGUACUGCCCCUUAAAGCUGCACACUGUAUGAAGGAAAGAGGACAAUAAGAAAGACCCUCACCUCAUCCUCCUCAUCAGAGGACUCCCCUGUUCUCCUUCUUGGCCCUCUUCUUUUUCUCCUCAAUGUCUUGCAUCUUCUCCUCCAGCUCCGAGAACCCCGUCUCUUGAAGAGAGAAUGCGUUCUCAUCCUACUUCUUGAAGCUGGAGGGAGGGAGAACAGGAUGCGGGCCUGUUCUUUGGCUGGACGGCGCUCUUAGCGAGGGAGGUCUGCGAGGGACAUCAUUGACUGAGAGAAAAACAAGCCCACCAGUUCUUCUUUCCACUCAUGUUGAUCACAAAGCCCCGGGCAUCCUCCCCUGUGUUCUUCCUCACCUCGACCACCGUCAUGUUCACGAAGACCCACGUUCUAUCUCUGUAAAUGGAGGCGACAAAUGCACUGAGGUAGCCGUAAAAACAACUCCUCAACUGGUCGCGCUCUUCCUCCUCCAUUUCAGAUGAGGCGGUAAAGAGAAAAAAUGUUGGAUGUUGCAUCUCUUCUGUACACAUUCAACCUUUGGAGAAGGAUGGCAACAUCUUACCUAGCAGUUCAGGGAUCUUCACCAUGACCAGCUGCCUGCAGCUGGUCCAGGACCACUGGUGAUACGGCGCACAGCUCCUUGGCCGACUUCACCUUAAUCUGAUGAAGAGCCACCUCAGGUUUUCUCUAGGUAGAGGCAGCCAUGCCGGCGUUAAUCUCUCACCAUGUCUGAUCCUUUAAAUUAUGCAGGGGAGCACGGAUUAUAAUCCAUGAGAUUAUAAUUAUUUCAAUUGAAUUUUUUUUUAAUUAUUUUAAAUUUGAAUCUCCUCACUGCCACUCCACACAUGCUUUAUCCAAUCUUGACACACUUUAACUGGGAACCAGGCCCUCUUUGUCAUCCCCAGGUGAGGUCAGCUCCACCUGAAAGCGACUAGAAAACGCAGGGCAAUAGAAAUUUAGGAUUACUCGCUCUGUGUCGCCCCAUGAACCUGCUGUGGAGGAACUUAUAAGAGAGUCUCAGCUCUUUCAGGGUCUGCUUCCAUGUUUUUGACCCGGUGGGUCUGGAACAGGUGCCACCUACUAUGGCCGACUGAGCGGCAAAUAGCAGCUGACUUAAAAAAUCCUGAAAGAUUAAUUGUUUCAUCUUUCCAUUGAAACACGGAUCAGUUUAUUAAUAAAGAUACGGAGAAAAUGACGCAUUGUUGAUGAGUAAAGGAUGUUUCCGUUUCUAA